CAGGAAUUUGUGGGGUUUUAGCCAAUUUUGCUUAGUCCCCACCAUCGCCAUUUUUCCCCAAUACCCUCUUCUCUCUCACCUUUCACAUUCACCAAGGGACCGACUCAUCUUUUUAUCUCACAUGAAAUGAAACCCUCCCCAAACUUUUUCUUAUUGGAUUAGAUUAUAUGAUCCUUUCCCUUUCUCUCUCUAAAACUUUGCCUUCUGGGUUUCUUCCUUCCGGGAUUGACUUCUCUUCCUUUCUGGGCUGAGAACCCAAAUUUUCUCUCUCCCCCCUUUCCCCUUCUUCUUCGUUUUCUUCUUAUUUUUGUUCUUCUUCAGGUGAGGAAGCACUGUGAAUUUAGUGAUUUCAGUAGCAUCGCUGGUACCAGGCUGUAAGGCAGCAGCAGAUCAAGGUUCGUUUUUCGGUUUAAAUCUGUUUGUUCAAUCUCACCCGAGAUUCGUCGUCUGAGUUUGGCGAAUAUCUGCUGAUCCUUUUGGGGGAAUGAUGAUGAUGUUCAAUGAGAUGGGAUUUUGUGAUGAUAUGGAUUUCCUUUGCGCUCCAAUUGUGGAAGGAGAUGCCAUAGCUCCACCAACCGAUCCCGAUGCUGCGAUGGAAGACGAUUAUUCUGAUGAAGAGAUCGAUGCCGAUGAACUCGAGAGGAGGAUGUGGAGGUACAAGAUGCGUCUCAAACGCCUCAAAGAGCAGAGCAAGGGUAAGGAAGGGAUCGAUAUCGCGAAGCAACGACAGUCUCAAGAACAGGCCAGGAGGAAGAAGAUGUCAAGAGCACAGGACGGAAUCUUGAAGUACAUGUUGAAGAUGAUGGAAGUUUGUAAAGCUCAAGGCUUUGUAUAUGGAAUAAUUCCAGAGAAGGGAAAACCAGUAACCGGAGCAUCGGAUAAUCUUCGAGAAUGGUGGAAGGACAAGGUCAGAUUCGAUCGAAAUGGACCAGCUGCCAUAGCCAAGUACCAAGCGGACAACGCAAUUCCAGGAAGAAACGACGGUUGUAAUUCGAUCGGUCCAACCCCUCACACCUUGCAGGAACUUCAGGACACCACGCUAGGAUCUCUUUUAUCAGCUCUGAUGCAGCACUGUGACCCUCCUCAAAGAAGRUUUCCAUUGGAGAAAGGCGUUCCUCCGCCGUGGUGGCCUACCGGAGUUGAGGAAUGGUGGCCUCAGCUUGGCUUGCCGAAGGAGCAAGGUCCUCCACCUUACAAGAAGCCUCAUGACCUGAAGAAGGCGUGGAAAGUCGGCGUUUUGACUGCAGUCAUCAAGCAUAUGUCCCCUGAUAUAGCCAAGAUCCGCAAGCUUGUGAGGCAGUCGAAGUGUCUGCAGGACAAGAUGACUGCCAAGGAGAGUGCUACUUGGCUUGCUAUUAUCAACCAGGAGGAGGUCUUGGCUMGGGAGCUUUAUCCCGACUCUUGCCCGCCUUUGUCGUCCGGUGGGGGAAGUGGAUCGAUGGUCAUUAACGACUGCAGCGAGUACGACGUAGACGGUGCUGAAGAGGAACCGAACUUUGAUGUUCAAGAUCGUAAACCCGAUAACAUCAGCUCAUUCAACUUGGGAAUGGAGAGGAUGAGAGACCGGGUGCAGAUUCGACAACCACCUUAUCCAAUCAAAGGGGAGGCUCCCACAAACUUGGAUUUUAUGCGAAAGAGGAAACCGACCAGCGAUCUGAAUAUGAUGAUGGAUCAGAAGAUCUAUACUUGCGAGUUCCUCCAGUGUCCUUAUAGCGAACUCCGUCUCGGGUUUAAUGACCGGAAUUCCCGAGACAAUCAUCAGUUGACCUGCCCAUAUAGAACUUCUUCAGAGUUCAGUGGUUCAAACUUUCAUGUCAAUGAAGUAAAACCAGUUAUCUUCCCUCAAUCGUUCGCCCCGCCCAAGCCAGCUCCAGCUCCGGUCAGCUCAGUUCCAUCUUCCUUCGACUUGUCCAGCUUAGGAGUUCCAGAAGAUGGGCAAAAGCUGAUCAGUGAGCUCAUGUCGAUCUACGACACCAACGUGCAGGGCAACAAGAACAACGUAAACACCGUUAACGCUGCCAUCGCAGAGAAUCAAAACCUUCCUCAGUUGAAGAUCCAACCUCAACAAGACGAAUAYUUCCGCAAUCAAGGUAUAAUGAUGGAAGGAAACUUCUUCGAAGGAUCAAACGUUUCGAGCAGCCAUCCGAUGUUCCCAAGAGACGAAGGCCAAUUUGACCGGUUCAAGCCAAUGAAUACGCCUUUCGAAAACAACCACCACCAGCACAACCACAACCACAACAACAACAACAACUUCCACUUGAUGUUCGGCUCUCCAUUCGAUUUAUCAACCUUYGACUACAAAGAAGAAGUGCCUGGCGCAGCAGCCAUCGAUACACUAUCGAAACAGCAGGACAUUCCGUUAUGGUAUCAGUAAAAGCUGCUCUCACUCCGACGCUCUGUCGACGUACUCCUUACGCCAAAAGCAGCAGCAGCAGCUAGCCAGCUCUUUUUACAGUUUGAAUCUCUAUUCUCUCUCUCUUAUGGGGUUUGCCUUUUCUUUUACUAGGAACAAGUUGAAGUUUCCUUUUGGGAUUUACCUAACUUGGUGAAACUGUGUUGUCUGAAGAAUCAAAAAAAAAAAAAAAAGUUUGGUGUUACAUCCUUUUUAUUCUCACAAAUGGAUGGACAAUGUAUGUCGUUAGCUUUGUAGAAUAUCUUUUCAAGGUCAUCUUGUAAUGUAAGUCUAAGUUUCUCCAAUAGACUGAUAAAUAAGUGGAGAGGAUCCUUCCUAUGAACUUCUACUUCUACUUCGCUCUGUUUGUUGAUUAUAUGAUAUGAUAUCCAAAUGGUUGUCUAUAUGAA